AUGCUAAAAAAGAGAGGAUGCCUUCUUGUUGGUGUGACGAAUACUGUCGGAUCCACCAUCUCCAGGGAGACAGAUUGUGGAAUUCACUGCAACGCUGGACAAGAAAUUGGCGUCGCCUCGACAAAAACAUUUUCCGCCCAGUUCACAGUUCUGGUUCUUUUCGCUCUUCUUCUCAGUGAAGGGAGAUUUUCAAAGCGAAAGCGAUACACGGAAAUUCUGCAGAACUUGAAAAAGCUCCCAGCUCAAAUACAGGAGACACUUGCUCUUGAAGAACAAUGCAAAGAAAUCGCAAAGCUUUGGAAGGAUAAAACAUCCGUUUUGAUGAUGGCUAGGGGCUACAACUUUGCGAAUGUGCUUGAAGGAGCUUUGAAAUUGAAAGAAGUCGCAAAUCUGUUCGCAGAAGGAAUUUUGACCGGAGAACUAAAGCACGGACCGUUGGCUCUCGUCGAACACGAUCUUCCAAUGCUGAUGAUCCAAGUCACAGCCAGAGGGGGAAAACCGGUUAUCAUCUGCGAUCGACAUCUAAAACCUAAGCUUGAGAAGUUCUCUGAUCAUCUUUUGCUCCUUCCGGAAACGACUGAUUGCUUGAAAGGUCUUUUGAGCGUGGUACCACUGCAACUUCUCGCUUACCAUGUAGCCACUCUUCGGGGACAUAAUGUUGACUUUCCCAGAGCCUUGGCAAAAUCGCUCGCUGUCGAAUAA